UGAAUAGUUUAACUUUGAAUUUUAAAAAAAGAGUAAAAAAAGCAAUGACAAAAGAAGACCGAACUAUGGGAGGUUCCCGCGACCGAAGGAUAUCAGAGUUUCAAAUGCCGAUUUUGCCCGACCCCGGAAAAGGUGAUGAUUUGGGCAGCGAACCGCUCGAUUUCUCCGUACGUCUCGGUUCAACGUUGGCCCGCGGUCUGGAAAGCGAAUCCCGAAAAAUAUCAAGAGAUCAUUCGUUUCCAUCGAGAAGACGCUCAAGCUGUUUAAUUCUGCCAAUACCAGAGAGGAGGAUUUCAACAAUACUGAGUCCAAUAAGUCCAAAAGACGGUGACAUCCCGGGUAGUCGAUCAGGAGCAAAAGUAAGCCGUGGGCGCCGAGAGUCGCGACGACACAGCAACAACAGGACGUCGACCGUGGCGAACAUUUAUGUAACUACGAUAGAGACGGCGCGAAUGAGAAUUCAUAGAAUUUUCCGGGCCGUCCGUAUUAUCUCCGGAAUAUGUUUAGCACUGAAACGUUAUGUGAAGGCGUGUGAGACGAAGACUUGGUCGUUUAUGGAGAUGUAUCUACACGUGAAGGAGGAUCUAAGCCAGUGUGUGGCCUUCAACCCGCACAGUUUUUCCAGAGUAGAGCCGGAAAGACACAAGCUGCGAAAGCUUUUAGCCAUCGACGGACCAGACAGGACGAACGGUGAUGUCAAAGUGAUUCUGGCGUUGCUAAGAGACAACACCUCGUUCCAAGACUACCCGUUCCAUGUUCAGUACCAGUUGGCCAGAUGUAUGUCUUACCAGAGUUACGAAGCUCGUCGGGUGAUUCUAAAGCAAGGACACAGACCAGAAGCUUUCUACAUACUGCUCUCCGGCUCCGUGAUGGCAAAUAUAGAGGACGUGAGCCCGGAAUCCGGGAAACAAUUUGUAAAAACAGUGAAAGAGAUGGGGCCAGGGGAAACGUUUGGGGAGGUGGCGCUCAUUGAAGGCGGACGAAGGACCGCGUCAAUUGUCUGCAAAACAAACGUCGAACUUCUAGUCAUACUUAAGCAUGAUUUCGACAAUAUAAUUAGGGAACCACUCGUUGAGCAGAUAGAUGAACACCUUGAGUUCUGCAGAACGAUGGCGCUGUUCCAGGAUUUUCCGUGUGACACGCUGGCCGAGAACCCCUCACAGUUCUUCUACCACUUCUUCAAGAAAGGGGACAUUGUGGUGAGAGACAGUCGCGUGUCCAAAUAUAUCAUCGUCGUAAAGGCGGGAAAGUGUAAGGUGGUGUGCACAUACACGGAGAGUCACCGAAAGAAGGGCCGACCAGGUGGCCCACGGGGGACGGAUAUGCAGGCGGCCUUCCCACACUGGGACGACAUGGAGAAAAUACGCGCCAAGCACCGACAUACAAAAAGUCCAGCUGAACGGACGCGGGAGACUAUCUGUCUAGGGCUACUGACCGGCCAAAUUGACCGGAACCGCCUUGCCGACCACGGACCGGACGUACAGAGGCCCAAAACAUCGGCUCCUGCCAAGGACACAUACAAGAACAAGCCACCGCCACUGAAGAAGAGCAAAACACUCGGAAACUUCUUUGAUGACAUAAAAAACAUCCGGAAAGACAAGCAUGUUACUGAUGAAGACUUGUACAAUGAUUUCACGGGAGAUUAUUGGUCAAAACGUCUUCAGUACAUUAAGAAAUCUACACUACCGGGGAGCCGAAUAUCCGGUCGAACCCCGUCUCCGACCAGAAAGCGCUCUGGCAACCCUUUCUACGCUGUAGAGAAACCUGUGUUUGCUCAGUUAGCGGUGCUCGGAACUGGAACUGUGUUUGGUCUAGAGUCUCUAGUCCAGAAGCCGAGCUGCACCACCAGUCUGGUGAGUGAGGGUGCCGAGUGUAUCUUCAUCUCCAAACGCCUCUUCCUGCAGCUCGCCAACAUAAAGGUCCUUAGGGUCGUCACGGACAUGGUCCAGAAUUACCCGUCCCAGGACUUCAUACAAGAGCAGGUGAAGAGUUACCGGACCUGGCAAAAAUAUAAGAAGACGCUCGUGCAGGACGUGCUUGACCGGAUGCACUGAGGGACAUUCAGCAGUGUUCGUGAUAGGGGAUGAAAUUGUGCAUCAAACUUAUUUCCCAUGCAGAGGAUCACUGGUGGAGCACAACACAAUUCAUCAAUCUAAGCAUUAGACUUUGUCAAAAGUGCACGUACAAAUACCGUCGAUGUAGCAGUCAACAGUUAUUUUAAUUUUCAUGAAAACACUUUUUAAUCAUAAAUUUAAAUAAGU